AUGCUUAAUAAUAAAGAGAGAAGAUUCAUAAGCUAUGGGGCAAACUCUUUAGAGCAGUCAAAACUGAAUGAAGAGUUGUAAGAACGAUUAUAAAAAAGUAAGGCAGUUGUAGAUAGUUUACUCAAUUAAGUUCCUCAAAAGGAAGAAGAGAUAGUUUCUGAAAGUAAAUAAUCUGAUCAAAAUGAGAUAACUGGGCAAACGGAAAAAAUUUAACGCUUAGAGGCUGAUUAAUAGCAAUUAAAAAAUAGAAAUAUUAAAUUGACUUCCAAAAUGUUUAGGAUUAUGAUCAAGUUAAGUCAAAAAGAUAAAGUCAUUCUAUCCUUGUCAGACCGCCUUCAAAAGCAAAGAGCAAUAAAUGAUGAAUUAUAGAAUUAAAUAGUUAAUACUCUCUAAGCAUAACCUGAAAGUGAAACAAAAGAGAUCGUUGUAAAACAGUUAGAGAUAAAUCCAGAAGAGUUCAAUAAGAUUAAGCAUUCAAACAACAAAUCUUUAGCCAAAAUAUUCAGUUUGGUGUUCAAAUUAAAUUAAAAGGAGAAGAUUAUUGAUGAAUAAAAUUAAAGAAUUGCUAAAUUGAAAUCGAUAAUUUCUGAAUUUGCACUCAAUGAUGACUCAUUAAAAAAGUUAAAAGACAAAAAUCAUAAGUUGCUGGCUUAAUAAUUUAGAGUUGUGAUUAAGUUAGCAAAAUAAUAAUAAGAAAUUGAAGAACUCAAGAACAGAUUGAUUAAAUCUAAGUAAUUGGUUGUUGAAUAAUAAGAUAUAGUUGAAAAUUUGUUGUAACAACUUCAAAAUAAUGUGAUCCUGAACCAAGAACAAGAUACUCCAAAAGAGUAAUCUUAGGAAUAAUAAGGAAUUGAUCUUUCGAGUAAAGAUGAAGAAAUUUAAAGAUUAAUUAGACAAAAGAACAAAUAACUGGGAAAGCUUUUCAAAGUAAUGAUUUAGUUUGAGAGAAAGAAUAAAGAAAUCGAAUAGUUAUCAUAGAAGUUGUUGAAAUAGAAAGCAAUAAAUGAUGAAUUAUUAUUGCAAAAUUCAAGUGACGAAACGGAAGUAAGCUCCUAAUCUUAACAGAAAAAUGAGCAUGAACAAGAAGGUGUUCAAAAUAAUUAAGAAAUAAAAGAGUUAUAAGAAGAAAAUGAGAAGCUCAAAUAAGAAUUGAAAAAGUAAUCGAAUUAGAAUAAUAGAUGGUUAGCCAAAUUAUUUAGAGCUUUACAUGAUAUAAAGAGUAAAAAUAGUUUGGUGGAAUCACUUAAUCAAAAGUUAGCAAAACAAAAAGCCAUAAAUGAGGAAUUGAGAGAGCAAAUCAAGAUGAAUGAAGAAGAAAUAGAAAAUGUUGAAGUAGUGAAAGAAAAUUCUGAACAAUAAGUAGAAUCAGCACCAGCAUCACAAGAUGAUGGAGAAGGAUUAAAAAAGCUCAGAAGUCAGAAUAAUAAAUUGCUGGGCAAAUUAUUCAGAGUGAUGAGUUAAUUCAACAAAAAGAAUAAGGAAAUUGAGGAAUUGAAGGAAAGAUUACAUAAAUAGAAGGCAAUUUUAGAUGAAUUAAGCAAUUCAAACAACGCUUCCGUUUCAGAAGAAAAAGAAGAUGACUUUGGAUAAGCAGAAGAAAUCGAAAUAAAUUAGGAAAGCUAAUAAAUUCCAGAAAUUGCACAACUGAAGAAGCAAAAAGACACAUUAUUUGGAAAAUUGUUCAGAGCAAUGAGCUUAAUAAACAAGAAGAAUAAGGAAAUUGAAUCUUUAAGUGAUAGAUUGAAUAAAUAAAAAGCUAUCAUUGAAGAAUUAAAAUCCUCAAACUCAGAAAAUUUGGCAAUUGAGAUCGAACCAUAAUAAAUUGAACUUCAGAGUGCUCCUAACAAUUUAAUUGAAGAUAAUGGUAACUUAGAACUGAUCAAUACUGAACAAUUCAAUAAAUUGAAAACUGCAAAUGAUAAAUCUUUGAGUAAAUUAUUCAGAGCUAUGUUUUUGAUUUCCAAAAAAAAUAACCAAAUAGAUGAAUUGAAUUCGAGAUUACUAAAACAAAAAGCUAUAAUUGAAGAAUUAUCUCAAAACGAUAAUGCUUAAUAAUAAAGAGAGAAGAUUCAUAAGCUAUGGGGCAAACUCUUUAGAGCAGUCAGUGAUUUGAAUGUGAAGUAGAAACUGAAUGAAGAGUUGUAAGAACGAUUAUAAAAAAGGUAAGGCAGUUGUAGAUAGUUUACUCAAUUAAGUUCCUCAAAAGGAAGAAGAGAUAGUUUCUGA